UGGUUAAUAAUGAUAGUGAUAGUAAUACAUUAGUUACUAAGGCAUAACAUAAUACUAUGAGUUCCCUUAAUUUAGAUGCAAUCUAUCAAGCUAAACGUUUAUUCAAUGAUCAUAUCUCUUUUAUAUAUCAUAGUAAUAAUUAUUCUGAUUUAAAAUUAAAUGACUUACUGAAUAGAAAUUUGACAUUAUUUUGGAAAACUAUGCAUCAAUGUUUAGAUUUAAAUGAUCUCAUACAACAACAAUUGAUUUUAUUAAAUCAUUCUAUCACCAUAGCAACUAUAAAUCAAACUAGUAAUUUAUAUACAUCAACACAAUUACAAUCUUUAUAUACAUGGUGUAAUUUAGGUAGAUCAACAUGGUUUACAAAUGUAUUUACAUUAAUGCAUUAUAAUUCAUGGCAAGAGAAAGUAUCUAUUGAAUUACAAAAAAAUAUUUAUUACCUAUUAUUAUUAUUAUUCAUGAAUUGUUUAAGUCUUCUAAUAUCUAUAACAGGUAUUUAUCAUCUAUGUAAAUUAUCAAAUAAAUCUAAUCAAAAGAUUAUGAUCAUAAUGAGAUGUCAAUCUAUGAGAGAAAAUUAUUUCCCAGCAACAUGGCCAUUAUCAUUAUGGUAUUGUAUUAUUGGUUUCUUAUGGUUAUUAUUAAUAUUUGGUUUGAUGAUGAUGAUGCUGAUGAUGACAUCACAAUAUUUCAAUAUACAUAUUAGUAUCCAUAGUCAUGAUAAUUAUUGUCGUAUAUUAACUUAUUUCAAAAAUAUAUUAAGAUAUAUACCAACAUGGUUAAUAAGUUUAAUGUUAUGUGAUCGAACUAUUGGUGAAUAUCGUCAUCGAAAUCAUUAUUAUACAAUGACCAUAUUCUAUAAUCAUCAUCAUCUUAAUCAUUAUGAUAAUGAUGAAUUAAUAAUCAAUCAAAAUCGAUUCAAUCAAUUAACUCAUCAAUAUUGUAAUCAAUAUACUCUUAAUCAAUCAAUCAAAAAUCAAUUAAUCAUCCCUAAAAUAAUCUAUAAUAACAAUAAUGAUGAUGAUGAUGUAACAUCAUAUGAUAUCAAUGAUCCUGAUCAAUAUCAUUCAUCAUCAAAAAGAUCUUGUUUUCAUUCAUUUCUAUUAUAUUUGAAAAAGAAAUUUUAUUUUGAUUGUAUUCUAUAUGGAUUAAAACAAACAUCUAAUAAACAAUGUCCAAUAUUGAAUAGAAACAAUGACUAUGUGACAUCAUUCAAAGAAUGUAGUAAUACUACUAAUAAUCAUGAUUAUCAAAAUAUUAUUAAAUGA